AUGGGGGUGCACGGCCUGACGAGUUUCGUGGAAGGAAACCGGCAGUUCUUCACCGAUCUGAAGCUGAGAAACACCCACCUCGUGAUCGACGGCUGCAGCCUGUAUUUCCGUCUGUACUUUAACACUGGCUUGGACCAGACGAGGGGAGGAGACUACGAUGCAUUUGCUAAAGUGGUGCGGUGUUUUUUCGCCGCACUGUCUUCAUGCGACGUGAGUCCAUUCGUGGUUUUAGACGGCGGGAUGGACGUGACCGAUAAGAAGUUCAAAACUCUGCAGGACCGAGCUCAGAGCAAAAUACACGAAGCCCAUUCCCUGUCCCGAGGACAUCGCGGAAGCGUUCUGCCCCUGCUUACACGUGAAGUCUUCAGACAGGUCCUCUGCGAGCUUGGUGUACCCUUGGUGCAAUGUAUCGCUGAAGCCGACUUCGAGAUCGCCUCUCUGGCACGUGAGUGGCGAUGUCCGGUCCUGACCAAUGACAGCGACUUUUACAUCUUUGAUUUGUGUGGUGGUUACCUCCCAAUGACGUUCUUUGAGUGGGAGAAUGUCUGCGGUACAGCGUCGGAGUGUUACAUCCCUGCCCGUCGAUUCACCGUGAACCGCUUUUGCUCACAUUUCAACCACAUGAACAAGCAUCUGCUGCCGCUGUUUGCCGUCCUCACUGGUAACGACUACACGAAUGCAAAAACCACAGAGAUGUUCUUCAGCCGUGUGGAAUUACCAAUGGUACCAAGACGGAGGGGAAGUCAAUCGAACCCCCGGAUCGAAGGCUUUUUGCUCUGGCUGUCAGCAUUUACCAACCCUGUGGCUGCACUGGAGGAAGUGUUGGAGAUCAUGCGAGGCAAGCAGAACCUCCGAAAGCAACUGACAGCAGGGAUUCAGGAUUAUCAGCUUCCAGCUACCAGCAGUCUGGCCCAGUUCUUCUCAAACAGUCAGGUUCAACCGUUUGAUCCCUUGAAGCUUCCACCAGCUUUGAUGUCGCAGCCAGAGUGGCUCAUGAGACGGCUCAUAUCAGGCAGUCUGCCCCCUCUGGUGUUGGACGUUCUGGUGCUCCGGAGAGCCCUUUUGACACCUCAGGUCGAGAAUAGCCGUCUGCCUAGUAGCCACGAAGCCUCAGUGAACAUUCGCAAGAUGAUCUAUGGCUUGCUCCUACUCAAGAACGCAAUGCAGGGUAAUGCUGGUCGUGGACAGAGGGCCAGAGGAAAAGGAGGAAUGAAGAGGGGGGCGAUGACUGAACAGGCUCAGGGUUUGAGUGCCCCAUGUUUUGUUGAGGAGUACGACAGGCUUGAGCUGGAUCUCAGAAGAACUACGGUGGAGGCGCAGCUACCCACACAUCACCCACAGCUGAACCUGAACACUUUAGACCAGGUGGCCGUUCCUGUGAGACGCAAGGUGUUGUUGGGAACUCUGGGGGUGACGGAGCAGGUGCUGCAGAUCGUAGAUCCACAUCUCCAGCUGCCUGUGUGUGUGACGUAUUUCUGGGUGCAUUCGUCCACACCGAAGCCCAGCCGCUCGCUGCUCCAGGGUGUUCUGCUUGGGCUAGUGUAUGGUGAACUCUGCAGAAGCAACACCAUGUUUGGAGGUAAAGUGAGCCACCUGUAG